UUGUCAAAGUCAGGUGUUGAAUGUUAAUUGCUUUAUGUCAAACUGAAUGGAAACGAGAAUGCGAUUAAAAUAAUUAAAUUACUUUAGAUUUAAUCAUGUUUUUAUGAUUUUAUUAAGUGUGAGAAAUAUUACAAGAUGUUUACUUUAAUGGGCGAGCGGGUCUUACAUAAGUGCCUCAAAAUUUUGAGGUUAACUGUGGCCGAUUUCAGCAACUUGCCCGAUAUAAAGAAGUUGAAUGCAGUUAGGACCGUGGAAAAGAUAAUAGAUAAUAAUACAAGCAUCUUUAUCGAGAGUCCUAUACAUGUUAAAAUCCAGCCAAUUGACGUGGACGAUCUAAAAGCUCACAACAAGCUGACCAUGACAUUGUACAGUCAAGGCAAAGAAACAAGUGAUUUUCAAGUGAAACAGACUUCCAAGCGAUUGGAGUUAUUCAACAAGAAUACUGCGUCCGAUAGAAACGACGUCUGUGUCAUACAGGUACCAUACCAUCUAAAAGUCCAGGUUACAACAACAGAUUAUGCAUCUGUGCAUCUAGCCAAGUUAGAAGGACAGGAGUUUGUAGUUAAAACACAAAAAGGAACAAUUAAUGUUUCUAAUCUGAAAGCCAAGAAUAUUGUGGUGGAGAGCAUUGAGGGUGAAAUUAAAUCUGAAGGAAGUUUACAAGCUAAUAAUAUAGAAAUAAAAACUGGCCUUAACUCUGGUAUAACAUGUAACAAUAUCAUGGCGUCUGGUUGCAAUGUAACAACUCAUGCUGGACCAAUAGUAGUAAGGUCAUGUUACUGUUGCAAAUCACAUUUCACCACAUUGAUGGGCAACUUGAGGCUUGACAACCUGCACAAAUCAGUGAUGAUUGAUGUCAUACAGCAAGGUAAUCUGCACAUCACAGGCUUCUCAGGCAACUUGCAGGCUUCCUUGAAGAGUGGGGAUGUGUACAUGCAUGCUUCACAGUUUAAAGACAAGAGCAGUAUUUUCAUACAUGAGAAAGGAAAAGUUGAGCUUCUGAUGCCAGAUAUAUUGAAGAAUUUACCUGCUACCAACUUGAUAGCAGAGAAAAUACUAGUUGAUGAAAAGAUAUUGAAGUUAGGCCGAUUUAUGGAUGACUCAUAUCCAAAGAGGUUCCGCUUUGAGAAAGAACCACACGAUGAGUUGCAUGUAGUUUGUAAGAAUGGCUCAAUUGAAUUGAAGGAAACCGACUUACCAUUUUUUCUGUAGUAAUCUGUUUGAUAUGAAACAUGUACAUUAGGUUAUAUUGGAUUUAUACUGUGGAUCUUCAUGAAAGUGCUUGUUACUUUUUUAAAGAAGUUAAUGUUACUUUAUUAAAUGUAUUUUUAACAUUGUGAUGUGUUGGUCAUUUGGUGAUAAUAAUGUAUUUAAAUUGCAAUCAUGUAGAUUAUAUUUCUCUAUCUUCAUUUAUAUUGUUUCUGCUGUGUGGGGUUUCGUUGUACAUGUAAUGUACAUAUAUUAAAAUAGGGGUGUGCAUUUAUGUAACUACAAUGUGUAAUGUGUAUCUAAUAUUAUCAUUGUUGUGUCUUCCAUGAACCACUCAUAAACUAUUUAGGAUACAUCAUUAUUCUCAGUAAUGUUGAGCAUAAGGUAAUAAAUAUAAUUUUAAAGAGUAAUCGUUAAUGUAUUCAAUAUUAUAUUUGUUAGAGUAAGGAGUACUGCCAAAGUAACAUUUGUGUAAUACAAUUAUUGUAUUGUAUUAAAACUUAUUCAUGCAUUUACACCUAGCAUUUGAAGUAUUGUCAAUUGAAAUUAUAUUGCACAGUGAUACAUUAGAUGAUUUAUUUUUGUAGUUCCUCAAUAAGACAUUAGUGUACAUGCUUGUUAUGUCUCAAUACUGCUAGUCCUUAUUCAUUUUUAGAGUAAAUACAUAACUAUUCUUAUAGGACUUUAAUAUGUAAGUAGUUAAUCAAUAUUGUUAUUUAUUCAGGUAGUGAAUUGUUAAAAAGACCAUUAAAAUAAAAUUGAUUCAUUUUA